GCGUUCCAGUGGCUAUGGUGCAUGCGGUGGAUAUGGCAGUCAAAGUGUAAUAAAAGAGACGCGUCCUCUCAGUAAUAAAGAACAUAUCAGGCAGUCACUCAGAACACUCAUUGAAUUCUUGUCAGAGAAUGGUUAUGGACAUCCAUUGACUGUUAAACAACUGACAACACCAGCUACGAAAGAAAUUGUUUCAAUCUUCGAGUUUCUUUUUCAUUUCCUUGAAUUAAAUAUCAAAUUACGUGACGGAAGUGUGAAAUUUGAAGAUGAAAUUCCAAAAAGAUUGAAAAAUCUUGGAUAUCCGUUUCAGAUCAGUAAAAGUUCUAUGUUCAACAUGGGAAGUCCGCACACAUGGCCUACUAUACUGGGAGCUAUCAUGUGGUUACUGGAUUUGGUCAAGACUGCAUGCAGCAUAGACGUGGAUCACUUGUUAUUUGCUGGCAAUGGAGAUGGUUUUGAUGAUGCACUAGAUUCUAAGCUGCUGUUUGGAUAUUUGGAAAAAUCAUAUGAUGAUUUUUUAGAUGGACAGGAUACGUUUGAAGUACAUGAACAAAUGCUUGCAGAUAGUAUGAAAACUGGAAACCAAGUAGUUGCAGAGGAUUUGGACCAGCUAGAGAAUGAACAUAGGAGAUUAUUGGAGACAUUGCAGAUACUUGAAGAGGAACCAGACAAAUUAUCUGAAUUGAUGGAAAGAAAACAGCUUUUACAAAGUGAUAUUGAUAGAUUUGAUAGAUAUCUCAAUGAACUGGAAUCACAUAAACGUGUCUUGGAUCAGAAGCACCAACAAAAAGAUGAAGACCUGCAAAGGCAUGCACUGGAAGAAAAGCAGUAUUUGGAAGAAAUUCAACGAUUACAGCACAUUUAUGAUACUCAGGAAUUAUCAGCCACUGAUGUUGAAAGAAUCAACAGUGAAAAAACAGAUCUAUCAAGACAAAUGGAAAUAUUAAAAAAGGAAAAAGAAGAGUUAGAUAAAUUGGCAUGGCAACAAGAAAUGAAAAUUGCUAAGAAACAGGAACAGACUGAAAGACACGUUCAGGAAUACAAUAACUUUGCUCGUCAACUGAAGCUGAUUCCCCCGACAGCGGAGAAUGCUCAUGGUAUUGACUAUGAAAUGAGAAUUCAGUUUCACAAUCAACAUCCUGAUUUUGCAGGAAUGGUUGAUUUCACUGGAACUAUCAAGCCUGCUUUGAUUCAAAUGAGGAAACAGAUCAACGACUCUGUGCAUGAAUUACAAAACCGAAAGAUAUCAGAAGAAGAGGGCGAUGACCAGGUAUCUGAGAUGAUACAAGAGAAAGAAGAAGAGGUUGAAAUGUUGUCGACUAAAUUGCGAAGGUUAGAAAAUGAACUGGAAUGUGAAAAAGAGAGAACAACAAAAGAAACCAAGAAAAAAAUUGAAGAAAUCCAUCUUAUUGAACAACAAAUUCAAGAAUUAAGACUUCAAGAACAGAUCACAACAGAAGAAGCUGAAAAGCAAGUUGCUGAAAUGAAUAAAAAGUAUGAACAGGAAUGUGUGAGGAUGGAGAAAGAAAAACAGAAUUAUGGAUCCUUUAUGAUAGAAGCCUCCAAGAUAGUCUUGGAACAUCAUUCUGUUCUGCAUGACCAUAUCCAGAAACUUGUCCAGCAAGCAGAGGAAGGUGUAAAGAAAACUAAAGAAAUUAUUCUGCCAAAUAAAGAUGACCUUUUUAAUUAACUUUUUUUUAUUAUUAAAUCAGUUAUAACACUGCCAGCAUUAUUUAUUAUGCUGUGAUUAUUUUAUUCUGAUCAAUUUUAUUGUAUGUAUACUAGUAUAUACUAUCUGGUAGUAACUUGUGUCUGUACUUAGCAAAUAUUGUUACGAUACUUGACUCUAUUUCACUUCUUCCACUGCCAUUUAAAUCCUCAUCUUCCAUUUUUUUUAGACUUACCUAUCUAUGUCACAUUACAAUGAUUU